AUGUUCUUACAGGUUGGAUUUCUUCGUGUAUCUAAACACAAGGUCCAGUUUCAUCCACCACAAUCAUCGACACCUAGAAAGGAUACCUGCAAAGAUUGGUUCAUUGAAGCUCUACAAUUGAUUCAGCUAGAAGGUGAAAAGAUUGGUGUUCUUCCAUCAGCUUCACAGGAUACAUUAUUUUUAGGAAACCUUAACAAAGGGUCCAGAUAUUGUUUCCAUUGA